AGUUGCAGAGAGAAGUUGAUUAAUGCAAGGGAUAUCCGUAACGGCUCGCAUAAACCCGUCUCAAAUAGCAGUUCAAGAGCUUCAGAACGGUCAACAGCAGCAGCAACAGCAGAUCUCAAACCCUCAGAUGCAUCAGGUCCAGGGCUCCCACUAUGAUCAUCCCUCUCAGGAUGAUUUCCUAGAGCAAAUGCUGUCUAAUAUUCCCUCCUGGCCUGAGCUUCCUGGGAACCCUAAAUCCCCCUGGGACCUUAACCCCCAAAACCCUAACGCUAGCGCCGCCUCUAGCAACGGCACCGCUACCGCCAACGGUGGCAAUCAGAAGCUCUUCAACAUCCCAAUCGGCGCUUCGAGCAACAAACCGUCGGAGGACCAGUCGGGUUCGGAAAACCUUCACUACGGCUACGACGACUCCACUCUGCUAGCGUCUCGGCUGAGGCAGCACCAGAUAAGUGGGAAUUCACCGACUGGGAAAGCGAUGAUGCUUCAACAACAGCUGCUUCUGUCUAGAGGCGUAGGUGGUGGUGGUGGCAUGGCGAGAUCGCCGACCUCAGCUCCAGGAGGCGCCGCUUCUCUCGGCGGCGAGCACGGGCUUCUCCCGCUUCCCUUAACCCUAGGCAGUGCUGAUUCUUCUGAUUCACGACUCCUUGUCGAUCGUUCUCGCGACGAUGUUGUCGACGGUUCCUUCAAAUCUCCCACCGGAGAGGGUCCAAUUCAAGGUCUUUUUAACGGAUUCACCGGAUCUCUGCCUCGAACUGCUCAGGCGGCGAACCAACAGCAUUUCCACCACCCUCAGAACGGCUCCAUUUCGACCCAAAGCUUCGGUGCUCCGGCGACUGGAAUGAACCAAGCUGCUCCGGCGGCAGGAACAAACGGUGCCGGAAAUGGCCAGGCUCAACCGAGACAGAGAGUUAGGGCUAGGAGAGGCCAGGCAACCGAUCCUCACAGUAUCGCUGAAAGAUUACGGAGGGAAAGAAUCGCAGAGAGAAUGAAGGCUCUGCAAGAACUUGUUCCCAAUGCCAACAAGACGGACAAAGCUUCCAUGCUGGAUGAGAUCAUCGACUAUGUGAAAUUCCUGCAACUACAAGUCAAGGUUCUGAGCAUGAGCAGAUUGGGCGGUGCAGCAGCUGUUGCUCCCAUGGUAGCCGAUAUGUCCUCAGAUGGACGUGGUGACUGUAUCCAAGCCGCCGGCGGUGGUGGAAUAGGACGAAGCGUUAACGGUAACAUAACGGCUCCGUCAAACGACAGCAUAUCGGUGACGGAGCACCAGGUGGCGAAGCUGAUGGAGGAAGAUAUGGGUUCCGCCAUGCAAUAUCUGCAAGGGAAGGGUCUCUGCCUUAUGCCAAUCUCUCUCGCCACAGCCAUCUCAACUGCCACUUGUCAUUCCAGGAAUCCUCCAGGUGGUUCCUCAGCCCAUGCCCUUCUCAACGCCGGCAACAACAACAACAACAACAACGGCAACCACCCUCUACUCUCCUCCUCAAACGUUGACGGCCCUCCGUCACCGAGUUUAUCGGUGUUGACCGUUCAGUCGGCGAAUAUGGGUAACGGUUCCGGUGAUGCGUCCGUCAAAGAUGCCACGUCUGUGUCCAAGCCGUGACGGAAGAAGAUGAACCGAGGGGCCCCACAAACAGUGAGAGAGAACAGAUAAAGAGAGAAACAGACAAAAGACAGAGGAGGACACGCAGAGGCCGUCAAGUCUAGGGGAAUAAGGAGGCCCCUUUUUAUAUGGUUUGACGCCAUAUUUGCUUAGACUUGGCUAAAGCCAUCACCACAUGCAGCCAACAGCCUAACCUAAAACAGCAUCUUUUUUAGCCCUUUUCUCUCUUUUAUCCUGUUUCCUGGU